GAUCAGCCUGCGCGAUUCAGCGUCCACCGGACCUUUAGGUGAUUUCUACGCUCUUUUUCUCUCCUGUGAUGAAUCGUCUUUGUUGCACUACUAUUGGGGAUUUUCAAGUUUAGUUUCUAGACCUCUCUACCGCAACCAUGGUGUUCACUCCCGUACCAUGGGCACCGAAACUCCCGGAGAUCCCAGAUACGGUACCUAUCUGCGAUUUCAUGCUUGAUGAGAAGCAUGGCCGACAUCCUUUAUCGAAAUCCUGGGACCCUUACACCUGCGGUCUGACCGGCAGAAGCAUCACAGCCAUAGAGCAGAAAGAAAGUGUGGACAAGUUGGCACGCGCAUUAGCCAAAGAGUUUGGCUGGGGUGUCAAUGAGGGCACCGAGUAUGAUAAAGUGGUCGGCGUUUUUGCGCUGAAUACAAUUGAUAUCAUGACCCUGUCGUGGGCAAUUCACAGGAUCAAUGGCGUGUCCUCACCCGCAAACGCUGCUUACAAUGCCGAUGAGCUCAGACAUCAGCUUACCAACUCUGGGUCCAAAGUUCUCUUCACGGUUAUGCCCCUACUGCAGAUCGCCCUAGAAGCCGCCGAGAAAUCCAAAAUUCCCAAAGACCGGAUAUAUAUCUGUGAGAUGCCGAAUGAUCCUCCAAUACCAAAAGGAUUCCAGACUCUGGGCCAGUUGAUCAAACAAGGCGAAUCAUUACCCGAACUCGAGCCCAUUAAAUGGAGCAAAGGUCAGGGAGCGAGACAGACAGCAUUCUUGUGCUAUUCCAGUGGCACGUCUGGUCUCCCCAAAGGUGUCAUGAUCAGCCAUCGGAACGUGAUCGCAAACACGGUCCAGAUCUCUGAAUGGGAGAAACAUGGCCGGGAUGCUAUUGAGCCUGGCUAUCAAGACGUGGCAUUGGGUCUGCUGCCUUUUUCGCAUAUCUACGGGUUGAUUGUGAUCUGUCAUUGCUCGACUUACCGUGGCGACAAGGUCAUUGUUCUCCCCAAAUUCGAAAUACAACAAUACCUCACCGCGAUCCAGAAGUACAAGAUCAAGGCCCUGUAUAUUGUACCGCCGAUCAUUAUCAACAUGGUCAAGCACCAGCAGGCGCUGCAAAAGUACGACCUGUCUAGCGUGAGAAUCAUCUUCACCGGAGCCGCACCGCUUGGUCAGGAGACCGCGGAAGACCUGGCGAAGCAGUACCCAACGUGGAAGAUCCGACAAGGUUAUGGUCUGACCGAGACGUGUACAGUGGUAUGUUCGACGUCGCCUACGGAUAUCUGGUUUGGAUCGUCGGGCUGUCUAAUCCCGGGGAUGGAGGCUAAGAUAAUGAGCAUCGAAGGCAAUGAGAUCACGGGUUACAACCAGCGGGGCGAGCUGCUGGUCAAAUCGCCGAGUGUUGUUCUCGGGUAUCUGAAGAAUGAGAAAGCGACAAACGAGACGUUUGUCGACAUGCCCGAAGGAAGGUUCAUGCGCACCGGAGACGAGGUCGAGAUUCGUGUCUCACCCAAAGGCAAUGAGCACGUGUGGGUGGUUGACCGGAUAAAGGAGCUAAUCAAAGUCAAGGGUCUGCAAGUUGCACCCGCAGAGCUGGAAGCCUGCUUACUCAAUCAUCCUGCUGUGGCUGAUUGCGCAGUUAUACCCGUACCCGACGAGCGGGCCGGUGAAGUGCCCAAGGCUUUCGUCGUCAAGGCCAAUUCCGUAGGACUAGAAGAGAGCGACGCGAUGACCAAACGCAGCAUUGCCAAGCACGUCGAGAAGGAAAAGACCCGGCACAAAUGGCUUGCUGGAGGUGUUGAGUUCAUCGACGUGAUUCCCAAGAGUGCUUCGGGCAAGAUCCUGAGACGGCUGCUGAGGGACAAGGAGAGGGAGGCGCGCAAAAAGGCAGGCGCUAAGUUGUAGAUAUUCUGGUGUUAGCGUGGAGCAUUUAUGACCGAGACAUCUAUGCUGGCUAGAUUCCAUAUACAAGACAAUGGCUGGAGCACUGGACAAGGGUUGGAAAGGACGCUCGUUGCACAUCCCAUCGACAGGAUGUGGCACGUGUCGAGCAUUUGGUAAGGCUCGCGUAUAUCACUGGGCCCUAGAUCCGAGGUCUACGAGGCAACGAAGCUUUUCUGUUGCACGUUCCUCUUCCUGCUGCUGAUCAGGCAUCGGUUCAGAUGACCGCGAAUAUCGGUAUGACAGCCAUCAUAUCUCCGCAAGAUGCAUACCGUCACUGCUUGUGAUUGUUAUGGCCAUAAGACGGCACCCGCGCCCAUCAGAUGAGAUAUGCAUAAAGAUGGAGAACCAUGAGAUUGAAGU